AUGCCAAGAAGCAAGUCGGGCUCUCUUUCGGAGGGCAAACACCAAGAGCAGAGGGUUCUCGCCUGUGUUCUGUGCCAAAAACGCAAGGUCAGAUGCGACCGCAAGUCUCCCUGUACAAACUGCAUUCGCCUGAGGGCCAACUGCGUGCCCGGCUCACUCGGGCCCCGUCGACGUCGCUUCCCGGAGCGGGAGCUGCUGCUGCGCCUGCGAAAGUACGAGCAUCUCCUCCGCGAGAACCAGAUAAAAUUCGAGCCUCUGCACAAGGACCAUGCCGGCUCGGAUCAUGAGCUUGAGCGUUUGGCGGACACCGAGGCGCAAGCAUCAUCCGGUAGUUCAUCUCCGGCUCCUAAUACCGGUACUCAACCCAGGGGUAUGUGGCAGGCGAUGAGAAACUGGUACCAGUAUUUGGAAAAUGACGAGGACCCUUCUCAGUCCUGCAUCGGAGAAGACACUUUACGUGAAGCUGUCGACAAAAUGGCCUGGGAGGACUUCACCCGAGCUCACUCCAACAUUCUCUUUGGUCCACGGGAAACUGCCAGGCUGGACUUGGCUGGCCUCCAUCCAGAUCCAACACACAUUUUCCACCUCUGGCACAUAUAUCUCGAAAAUGUGAACCCGCUUCUCAGAGUCACUCAUGCUCCUAGCCUUCAGGGUGUGAUAAUCGAGGCAGUUGGCAAUCUCUCCAAUAUCAAACCGGAUCUCGAGGCGCUCAUGUUUGGUAUAUAUUGUAUGGCGGUCACAAGUCUGUCAGACGAAGAAUGUAUCAGCAAGUUCAGCUCAUCCAAGAGCGACCUCUUGACGAGAUGCCAGUUUGGCUGUCAGCAGGCCUUGAUGAACUGCGAGUUUCUGCGUACUGGCAAGAGGACUUGCUUGACAGCUCUAUUUUUCUACGUGUGCUCCAUUCGACCUACGACCGAUCCCACCACCCUCUCGUCACUCCUCGCCAUCACAGUCCGCAUCGCCCGCCGGAUAGGCAUCCACAACGAAUGGGCCAACGCCAAGUUCGACACCCUCGAGGCCGAGCUCCGACGCCGGCUGUGGUGGGCUAUCGUGCUCUUCGACAUGCGCAUCGGCGAGAUGUCCCAGUUCGACGCCGGAUCGCUGUCCCCCAUCUGGGACUGCGCGAUCCCCCUCAACCUCCACGACUCGGACCUCCACGCCGAGCUCAAGCAACCGCUCAGCUCCCGGGACAUGCCCACCGAGUCCCUCUUCGUCGUCGUCCGCGGCGCCAUCGCGAACUUCAUCCGCAACGCCGGCUUCUUCCUCGACUUCCACAACCCGCGCCUCAAGGCCAUCGCCGCCGACGUCCACAACGGGCAGCCCCCGCCCGCGAGCGGCGAGGUCACGACGCUCGAGGGCCUCAUCGAGAGCAGGUACCUCCGCCACUGCGACCCCCUGAACCCGCUGCACUUCAUGACCAUCUGGGUGGCGCGCUUCUUCGUCGCAAAGUACCGCAUGCUCGAGCAGUACGCCGCCCUCAUGGGCAACGGCGACCGGCCGCCGACCGACGCCCAGCGCGACGCCGCAAACGCCCACGCCCUGAGCAUGCUCCAGUGCGACACCAACCUCCUCGUCUCCCCCCUCGUGAGGGGCUUCCUCUGGCUCCACCAGUACUACUUCCCCUUCCCGGCGUACAUCCAGCUCUUCCAGGACCUCAGGAGGCGGCCGUCCAGCAGGCACGCCGAGGCGGCGUGGGCGGCCCUCGGCAGCAACUACGAGGCGAGGAUGAUCCACCAGGGCGACGUCUUCGGGCUCGAGCGCAGGGAGGCGGGGUGCGCGGCGGACCUCCCCGACUCGCCGCUGUUCCGCAUCCAGGCCCGGCUCGUCCUCCAGGCGUGGGAGGCGCGGGUCGCGGAGAAAGGGGAGCCGGAGGAGGCGCUCGCGAUGCCCCGGAUCGUCACGCUGGUCAAGGAUAGGCUGGCGCGGUCGUCCUCCGCCGCCGCCGCGCCGGUGCCCACGACGUUGCCUGCUGACCCGGCCACGAGCGAGAGUGUGCUCAGCUCUGGAGAAUCGAACCCGCUUGAUAUGGCCGCGCCAAUGUCGCUGCCGUCUGAUCAGCUGUCCAUGGCAUCUUGGAACAUGCCGGACGAUCUCACGGGGUUGUGGUUACCGCCUGGGUUUGCCAGGCCUAUGCCCCCUAACUUGGGCGGAGGACUGUAUCCGUUUGGCUGGGCAGCCAUGCACUGGGGGAUGGGCAAUCCUGGAGGGACGAUGUGA